AUGAUCCAUGUUUUAUACGCCGAAGACAGCGUUCCUACGCAGUUCAUCAUCAAGCGACUUGUCAAUCGCAUCGACGACAUAGAGCUCGUGUGCGUCAAUGAUGGCAAGGCCGCACUGGAUUAUUGCAAAAACGCAAAGGACGGAAACAAGCGUCCAGACAUCAUCCUGAUGGACUGCCAAAUGCCUGUCAUGGAUGGCUUACAGGCAACCAGGGAGAUCCGAAAGCUUGACGAUCCUAUACUUUCUCGGGUGCCCAUCGUAGCAGUGUCGUCUGGAAUCAAAUCUAUGAACGAGAAAGAUUGCAUGGAUGCCGGAAUGGACGACUAUGUCGCGAAGCCGCUCAAUCAACAGGCGUUGACAAAUAUCCUC